AUGCCGCACAAAAAGGCGAUCCACUUUGGCGCGGGCAACAUCGGGCGCGGGUUCAUCGGGCCCCUCCUCGUCCAGUCUGGCUACCACGUCGUCUUCGCCGACGUCGACGCCCACAUCAUCGACGAGCUCAACACGAAGCACUCCUACCAAGUCCACAUCCUCGACAACGCCUCCGCGGCGGCUCUUGAUGACGGCCAGGAGAAGAAGAAGCAGCGCCGCGAGUCCGUCGACUCCGUGUCCGGCGUGCUCACCACGCACAUGGACGACGUGAUCAAGGAGUUCGAGGACCCGGCCAUGCAGAUUGUCACCACCGCCGUCGGGCCCCCCGUCCUCGCCAAGAUCGCGCCCGCCAUCGCGCAAGGCCUCCAAGGCCGGCGGCGCGCGAUUGGCGAGCGCGGCGUGCUCAACGUCAUCGCCUGCGAGAACAUGGUCAACCAGACCACGCUCCUCAAGGACCUCGUCAUGCAGCACCUUCCGGACGACGACAGAGCCUGGGCGGACGCGCACGUCGGCUGGGCCAACUGCUCCGUCGACCGCAUCGUCCCGCCCGCCGACGGCCUCGACGGGAGCAACAAUCCGCUCGACGUCGGCGUCGAGGAUUUCUACGAGUGGGUCGUCGACGAGCGCGCGCUCAAGCGCGACGACGACGUGCACAUGCCGCUCGCCGGGAUGAAGCUCACGCAGGACCUCGAGGGCUACAUCCACCGCAAGCUCUUCACGCUCAACUGCGGGCACGCCAUCACCGCCUACCUCGGCUACCUCAAGGGCUACAGGACCGUCGACCAGGCGAUCAGGGACCCGCAGAUCCGCGACAUCGUCAAGGGCGCCCUCGAAGAGUCCGGCUUCGCGCUCAUCCGCAGGCACGGGUUCGAUGAGGAGGAGCACCGUGAGUAUAUCGAGAAGACGCUUACGCGGUUCGAGAACCCUAACCUCAAGGAUGACGUGAACCGCGUCGGCAGACAGCCGCUACGCAAGCUCGGGAGGGAGGAUAGAUUGCUCGGGCCGGUGUAUAUGGCGAAGGAGUAUCAGAUCCCCGUCUCGGAUCUCUUACGGGGCAUUGCGGCGGCGUUCCUAUAUGACAUCAAGGAUGAUCCGCAGAGUGUAGAACUCCGGCAGAAGAUCAAGGAUAAGGGGAUCACCAAGACCGUCGAGGAGAUCACGGGCUUCGAGGAGGGGAGCCCGGAGCACGAGAUCAUCCUCAAGAGCUAUGAGGAACUCAGCAAAUGGAGGCAGCCAAACUAGAGUGUGCUAUGUUGUGCCGAUGGAAUGACUUUUAGCUCGACGACGUGUACAAGACAUGUAUAUCUUGGUCUCCGGCGGGCCGUCGUCUGCGGCCCCGCUGAUGUACUCAUGUGUAGACUACUCAUAACCCAGUGUAUAAU